AGAAAAAUUCAAGCAAAGAUAAGACCCCAAAGUGUUGACAAAUGGCCCAUCACUCUCUCUCUCUCUCUUCCUAUGUAAGUUAACUAUUUUCUUCUCUCUUUACAAUACAAAGAAGAAGAUGAGAGAGAGCUAAAAGACUGAAGAGUGGUCCCAGCAGAUCCAGAAAACGCCAUUUCCUUUCCAGUCCCACAUUUUGCUGUGUUUGGUUGACGACAAUGGAAAUGGACUUUCGGUAGCAUCUCUUUCUUGGCUUUUCCUAUAAGCCUCCUCAUGAUUUUCUGAUAUUAUUUCAGCUCUAUCUUCACUCUUCACCUAUAAUGGGUUUUCAUCCGAUUUCUUUUAGCUUUGAGCUUGGCUGGAGCUAGUCCAUCUCUUUCUGUGUUUUUUUUAAUCUUUUAGCUGAGUCCAUUUCGAGGAAUUUCUCUCUGGGUGGGGAGAAAAAUGCAGUGUGCAAGCUAUCUCCCAGGAUAUUACCCUCCAAAAGAUCUUAAUGGGAGCGUUACUGGUAAUUCAUGGUCUCUACCACACAAUGAUAUCACGUGGAACGGUGCCAGAGGCUUCUAUGCUUUCUUGCCUCCAUUUACGGUGGACCAGAACGUAGAAUUAGUUCAUCAAAAGGAAAUAUUGAAGCAGACGAUACUCAAGCAUGAAGCAAUAUUUAGAUAUCAGGUCAAUGAACUACAUCGCGUAUAUAGAAGACAAAGGGAGUUGAUGGAUGAGAUUAGAAGGAGAAAGCUAGUGGAGGAUCAUUUACACUUGCAAGCAUCAGAGUCGAAGUCUUUUAUGUCACAGUUAAGGUCUGAAAUCUCCCAGAAAACCGAGUGGCCUCUGGUUGACCUCACUAGCAUUGAGCCAUCUGCACUACAUAGAGAAAUGUUUCAAGCUUCUUCAAAUUCUAUUUCUGGUCAGAUAGUGCAACCAGGUGCUGACUUGUUGACGGAACAAAAUCUUAGAAAAGAUUGGAAAAAAUCAUCCUCCAUAAGCAGUGCGUCAAGGAAGAGAACAUUCGAUCUUGAACUUCCAGCUGAAGAAUACGUUGAUAUUGAAGACAGAGAACAAUGUGUGGAGGAAAGUCCUGUUCAAGGGCCCAAUAUUCUGAUUUCAGAGCUUCAACCUCAACAUAGUUCAAAAGUCAACUUUGUUAAUCCUGGAGAUUCUUUAAUUUCUAACUCAACUCCUAGGGGUACCUUUCUUUUGUUUGACCUGAAUGAACCAAUACAGACCGAUGAGACAGGGUGUCCAAAUUCUGCACUUGAAUCUAACUCAGAUCAGGAUCUAUCUGGAACAGCGCACGCAGAAUGCUCAACUCUGAAGAAAGAAGCUACAGGGGGAGAUGUAAGCAACCUGAAUUCUUCUGAUGAAGUUUCUUCUGUUGAGAGAACACGUCUUCAAUGUAAUCAAACAGCAAGUUCACCUCCAAGAUUUGUAGACAAGAGUCGUAAUGGAACCAAAACUAACAAAUCAUUGCUAGUUUCUCCACGGAAAAAAAUUAAGGAGAUACCCUUCGCAGUGCAAGCUCUUCCAUGCUUUAUUACUAAUGCAUCACUCAGUAAGAGUCCUAAAUCUUCUGUUGGGAAUUCUGGUCUCACUGGAAAGAAGAGUGAUCUGUACAACAGUAGUGCUUCUAGUCCAACUUCUGGUGCAUCAGGCUCUUGCUUGAUGAAAUGUGGUGAUAAUGACCCUACAUCUGGACGGACUGAUGCUGUUAAGUUAUCAAAGAUUCCAGAUAGCAUGAAUUCAGUGAAGGGUAUGGACUUGAAUUUCACACCUUCUGCCGAUUUGUCUGAUGAUCAGUUUUCCGCCCCUACCUCCAAUAUUUCACAUCUGAAUCUCCCUGAAGGCAGAGAAAGAGAGAUUUGUGAAAAAUCUGUUCUUCUUGACUGUAUCCUGAGUCCUGAUUCUGCACUCAAAUCUAGAAAAACUACAACUAAUUCCACUACCUGCCUCAAGGAAGAAACUUUAUUAUCACCUGAUCACAGUGAAGCAACAAUGACUAGUGUAGACAGAGAUUUGGAAGCUCCUGUAAGCCCCGAAAACAAGGAAUGUUCUCCACCUAGAGGGGACUCUCUGGACAAUCCAAUCGGUACAUCUGCUCAGUGGUCUAAAAGAAACCGUAUGAGUGAUUACACUGGGGAAACUGACAGGGCUGCAGCAGAGACACUACUUUUUAUUUCAUCAUUUGCUGUCAAGGCACGCUCAAAGACUCUCACCGGUGAACCAUCUGAAGCCUCUCAUGACUCUCUGGGAUGGCUUGCUGAUAUUGCAACUUCUUUGGCAAGUAAUCUAGAAAAUGAGGUUGGAUCGCGUAGUAGGGCAAGGAGCAGCCGACCAAGGAGGAGAAAGUAUCAGAGAGUCCUUCAAACAGAAGUGCUACCUGCUGCUGCCUCUGUCCCUCUGCAUCAGUUGAAUGAAGAUCUUCUGACCAUUGGAGGUCUAAAGUUACCUGCAAAUGCUGCAUCUGAAUCAGGUCCAUGUAGGAAAACUCUGCGUAAGACUAGUUCGAGAUGUAGGAAAUGGUCCCAUAUUGGGGGGAGAACAACUUGCUCACUGUUACAUCCAAAUUCUAGUAAUAACAAACUGGGCAUUACAGAGAGAUUUUGGAAAGGCUGGGGAGUAACUAAAGGGCGCCAAAACGGUCGGAGAGCUCGUUCUAUCUCCACUUUUAGCUGAUGAUUAUUUGAGAGAGUAUUUUUUGACUCAUGGAUAUAUUAUAUGGUGCGCAAAGUUGAUUCAUAGGAGUGAUUUAGUCAGAGGCUUUUUUGCUCUUGGAGAAUUGUAUGUACAGGUAGUAGGCCAAAUUCGUAUAGUAUACUUAUUUUUGGGUCCAAUACGGAACUGCUCAUGUUUGUGGUUAACAAUGACAGUGACAAAGAUAACAAUAUUUUGUUGUUAGUUUAAUAGACCUUUUGGCUUUUGCCAUCUUUCAUGAA